UGAAGUGGGAGGAGAAACGGUUGUAACUGGCUCCGGAGGUCGUGGAGUGGCUCUGGGAGCCGGGCCGGGCCGGCCGCCCGGGCCGCUUCCCCCCCCGGGGGGGCGGUGGUACGGCCCAUGUUGGUACGGCCCGUGUUGCCUAGGUGAGUGGACACUGCUUAGUGGGAUCGGCCGUAUCAGCACAGCCCAUUGUUUUCAGGGGCUUUGGUGACUGGGGCGAGCUGAGGGCUCUCCUGACCUCCCGGUGGUCUCUCUUCCCUCUGGACAUGUUGGGCUUUUAGAAGAUAAAGAUUCUCAGUCUCAGGUACCCCCCUCUCAUGUCUUCUUCUGUCAUCUGUGAUCCAAUCAUUUUGUUUCCUGAGUGGGAUUACAUCAGGAAGUGAUGACUGAUGGAAGAUAACGGCAGGUUGUCUUCAUCGGGACAACAUUUCAGCGGAGGACCAGAUAUAACUUUAGUAGAAAAACCCACCCGGCUGCUUGAGAGGUUUCUUUUAAAACUUUCCUGAGGAUCUCAAAGUAGAAAAGAAGCGGAUGACAUAAGUGCAGGAAGAGCGAUCCGGACUCACGGCCUCAUUCCUGGCAGCCGUCCCAGCUGACGGAGGAGGAGCCGGGCCGCUGUGAGGCCGCCCCAGCGCCGGUGUGGCAACCCAAACAUGAAGCAAGGUCUGAGGCGUCCACUCACGGCCACCACAACACCCGGGACUCGGUGAACAUGGAGAGGCUGGAGCGUCCCUCCCAUCCCUCCCAUCCCUCCCAUCCCUCCCAUCCCUACCCGGCGGGCCGGCUCUCACCUCCCAAGUACGCCAGCGGCGCCGAGCCGCCCUCUGGAGCAGGAGGCAAGCGGGACUCUGCGUUCAGCUGUUUCUCCGGCGGCUCCGGUGGCUCCGGCCCUCUGGUCCACGACUCCAGUGCAGCUGGCAGGAAGGGAACAAGCACCGAAAACAUCUUCUUCAAGGGCCUUCCGGGCGAGGGCCCUCAGCAGAACGACCACAAGUUCCCGCCGCCGAGCGCCGGGACCGGCUGGGAGGAGCCGCCGGGCUCCCGGGUCUCCGUCGCGGGGAGGCUGCACAUCGGACCCGUGUGGCAGGUUCCAGACAAGCACACGUCCCAGUCUCCUCCGCCCCCGGUGCCGCCCCUGCGCAGCGACAGCUUCGCCGCUACCAAGGUUUUCCCGUACCCCGACGGGCCCGCGGGUCCGGCCAAGAGUCCCGGCAGGUCGUGUGAGAAGCCGGCAGACUCCAGACCUCAGAGCUUCAGCCAGCUGCACCAACACAAACUCUUCUCUCUGUCCAGCAGCGACGUCAGACCGUCCCAGCAGGCGGCGCCGCCGCCGCCGUGCCACCAGAGGCAGCACAGCGACGAGAGCCCGUUCUACCUGCAGGCCCGGGCCGCCCCCACCCAGACCCAGAGUGUGGGGAACUACUACCGCAGCCUGCAGGACCUGCCCACCAACGCCUUCAGCCGCAAGCAGGGACGCCACUCCACUGCACCCCCGCCCUCGGAGAGCGCGGGACGCAGCCGCUACUACAGCCUGGCGGGGAAACAUCUGGUCCAGAUGCCGGAGAGCAGGGCCCGGCCCAGGACGGAGGGCUGGAGGGGGGAGGUGGAGAAGCUCCGCUGCCUGAACAGCAGCCAAGCGGCUUUCCAGGGAUCCCUGAAGACCAGCGGCCAGGCCAAGUACCCGCAGGCCCAGGCGCCUCACGGGGCGUCCCGCCUCGGGAACGGCCUCCACUACGACCAGCUGACCUACGAGCUCUCUCUCCACAAGAGAGGGGAGGGACGCUUCUUUCCCACGCAUCAAAGUCAUGACCCAAACAGUCUCUCCAGACACCAGGACCCCUGGGUGCCUCAGGACGACCAGCGGAUCUCCCCCCUGAAGACGCCCCUCCUGCACUCCCUGUCCCAGGAGAGCAGGGGCCUGGCGGAGAGCAGGGGCCUGGCGGAGAGCAGGGGCCUGGCAGAGAGGCAGCCGGCCCCCACGCCCACGUCCUGCCAGGACGCCAGCGACGUCAUGGCCACCGGCGGGAAGGCAAAUCGCCGCGGCGACCGUUACGCAACCACCUUACGCAAAGAAAUCCAGCAGAAGCGAGCGCAGCUGCAGAAGAGCCGCAGCGCAGCGACGCUCACCUGUGACGCGGAGGACGAGGAGGAGGCGGAGGAGUGGCGCUCGGCGGCCGCCUCCUUCUCCAACACCUACAAGGUCCAUCUGAAGGAGGCCCAGGCCCGGGUCCUGCAGGCCACCUCCUUCCAGAGGCGGGACUUGGAGCCGCUGGCCCCCGAGGUGCCGGGGCUCAGAACCUCCAGCGGGCGCGUCAGGGGCCGCCGGCGGUUCCACCCGGCCAAGAGGACGCACUCCUUCUCCGAGCCGGACCAGAUGGACAAGGUGGGCGUGGACAGCUCGGAGGAGCAGAUCCGGUUCUCGGAGGACAAGCCGGCCUUUGCCAGACCCGCGCCGAGGACGAGUGCCGGCACAAACCCCAGCACAAACCCCAGCACCAGCAUUGAUGAGGAGGACAGACCUGGGAGGCCUGGAGAAGCUCCGGCAGCCACGGACCACAACCUCCUGAACCCUGGACACAAGCAAGUCCUGCUGGACCAGCAGAGGCUCGGGACCUUCGCCGAGUACCAGGCCCGGUGGACCAGGCAGAAGUCCUCAGAAGCCAAGACACAAGGACGGUUUCACUCGGCAGAGAACAUCUUGGAUGCGAGCGCGGACGAGAAGAACAUCUGCAUCCACGAGCGGUCCAGAUCCUCCCCUUCAGCAGACUUCUACGCACAGGAGAUCCCCCCCGCAUGGAGAGAUCCUCAGCAGAGCAGUGAGACGACGGAGAGUAGGUCACCUGACCACAGCCGGCGGUCGGUGGAGGGCCUGGUCCCAGCACUCCCCGACCACAGGUCCAAACCAGACCCUGCCAGUACCGCCCACACCGCACUCUCCCCGGGCCGGCGCAGCGUCAGCCCCGACUCCGGCUCCAAGCAGCCGGCCAGGAGCCUCCCGCCGCCACCCAGGCCCCAUUUAGGUCCUCCCACCACAUCCUUCCCCCAGGAAUCUUCAGCUGGCGCCCACUCCGACCCGCCAGCGCUCCGGCCUCGGUCCAGCCCGGGUUCUGACAGCCAGCACCUCGCCACUUCCCACGCCUCCCCGGCAGGCUCCCCUCGCCCCGGCGCGACGCCGGCACCGGGCGGGAGCGGAGGACGUGCAGAGGUGGAGCGGGAGCAGCCGGCACCACCUCCCUCCUCCGGCCCGACGGCCGCUCUGCCGCUCCCCGGGUCCGACCGGGCCAGGUCUCCUUCGCCACAGUUCGCUCCACUGAGGCUGACGGACGAACCGCCCGCGGUUCUGCAGGAUGACUCACGGCUCAGGCGGGACGGAGAGCCCUCGGCGGUGAUGGACGCCAGCAGCUCGGCCAGGAAAGUCCCUGUGAAGAUCGUCCGCAGCGAGAGCUCCUGGCAGCGCGAGGGUCAGGCGUACCUGCCUCCCGUCACGGCGGCGUGCAGCAUCCCCGGGCCGUGCAGCGUCCCCGGGCCGCCCCCCGUCCCCUCCCUGGGCACGGCAGAGCACCCCGCCUCCUCCCUGUUCAGCGCCUACACCCGCCCCGCCUCACAGGACCAGGACGGGGCCUCGGCACCGGGCCCCGAGUCCAGGACAGCCGGGGUUUCGGAGGAGGACGCCAAGAGGGAGGAGCUGGCGAGGGACAUCAUGGGCAAAGACAAGUCCCUGGUGGACAUCCUGGACCAGAGCGGCAGGAGGACCACCAUGGACCUGAUGGAGGGGCUGUUCCCCCCGGAGGAGCAGGUCCUGGAGGGGAAGCAGCAGCGCAGGAGGUCCCUGGGCUCCAGGAUGCCCAGCUCCUCCCCCCGCAGCACAGACAGGAGGGAGGACGAGGACGCGUGUCCGUCGGCAGCAGCCUCCCUGGUGCCCAGCUCCUCCUACUACAGCACGUCGGCCCCCAAGGCCGAGCUGCUCAUCAAGAUGAAGGACAUGCAGGAGCAGCUGGAGGAGCAGGACUCGGAGGACGAGCUGGACGUGGACCUGGCCAGUAAAAAGCAGGAACUGAUGUUCAGCCUGGCCAGGAAGCUGCAGGUUCUGCGCGAGGCGCGGCAGAGCCUGCAGGAGGACGUGCAGGACAACGAGGCCCUGGGCCGGGAGGUGGAGGCCACGGUGCAGCGUCUCUGCCAGCCCAACCAGCUCGACAAGUUCCGCAUGUUCGUGGGCGACCUGGACAAGGUGGUGAGUCUGCUGCUGUCGCUGUCGGGCCGGCUCGCCCGCGUGGAGAACGCCCUCAACGGCCUGGAGGACGAGGCCCCACCGGAGGAGAAGCGAACCCUGACGGAGAAACGCAAGCUGCUGAUGAGGCAGCAUGAGGACGCCAAGGAGCUGAAGGAGAACCUGGACCGCAGGGAGCGGCUGGUGUCCGGCAUCAUGGAGGCCCACCUGGGCGCCGGCAGCCUGGACGACUACAGACACUUUGUCAAGAUGAAGUCGGCGCUCAUCAUCGAGCAGCGCAAGCUGGAGGACAAAGUGAAGCUGGGGGAGGAGCAGCUGAAGUGCCUGAUGGACAGCCUGCCGCUGGAGCAGAGGCCGCUGCUCUGAGGCCGUUCAUCCUUCACUCAUGUUUAUCAGUACUGACUUCUACUGCUCAUCAGGUUUAAUCCUCUCAACCAAAACCUCCCUGGACCUAAGAGCCUCAGGACAUCAAAUAUUUACCUGCUCACUACCCGUGAGAGCAUGACGGAGGAGUGGAGGCUUCUCUGAGCCUCAGCUAGGAACACGUGACGACAUCCUGGAAACGGGCCGAGACGGACGACGAGUCGCAGCUACAUGAACCUUUACCGAGUCCAAGUUCAGGAGAAAACUGGUCCGGACGGCUUCGAUUGUACAGAUGAACAGAAAUGGGGGGAAGAUUCUGCGUAUUUAUGGCGUAACAGUAUUUUAGGCACCAUUAAGUGUUGUUUUUUUGUUGCUCGCUCAAAUAUCCGACUCCAUGGAUCAACCUUUCGUUGGUUUUCAUGAGAAUCAAGUGAAACAUGAGUGCAGAUGAAAGCCAGCGGUUGUCCUGGCAACGGCAGCGGUCCUGCACCAGGCCGGGGUUGUAAUUACGGAUCGAGUGGUUGCGGGUUUAAAGUAAUAUUUUCUAGUAAUUUAUGGUAGCCUUUUUAAAGACUUUUAUGAAGAAAGACAAAGUGUUUUCCUAUUAAUUUAAUACCAAUCAAGACGUGCUCUUUUCUUCUCUCUUCAGUUUGUUUCCAAAAAAAAAAGGUGUUUUAUUUAACGGUCGGUUUUAAAAGCGUCUCC